CUUCUUCAUGCUUAGCCAGCGCUACGCACCAGGUUUUAUUGUUUUGUGGGAUUUUUCCGCUUAUAUUUCGCGCUGAUAUUUUAUAACUUUUACGUGAUUUGUUGGUGGUUCGUUUUUGUGAGGAAGCGUUUUUGGGUUCUGUCCCUUUGCGGGGAACAGAGAGAGCAGAGAUGUAUAACGGUAUCGGGCUGACCACCCCGCGUGGCAGCGGCACCAAUGGCUACGUGCAGCGGAACCUGUCGGCCGUGCGAUCCAAGCGCAGCCGGGACGAUCACGGCGGACUCAAGGACGAAAAGGACCGAGAGAGAAUGGAGAGCCAGCUCAACCGGCAGCCCAACGCCGAGAUCCUGGAGCACCAGAGGAAGAGACAGCUGGAGGUGAAAUGUGCCGAACUGCAGGACAUGAUGGAGGAGCAGGGGUAUUCUGCAGAGGAAAUAGAGGAGAAGGUGAACAGUUUCCGCAUGAUGCUGCAGGAGAAACAGGAGCCUCCUCCGCCCGCCGCUGAGAAAUCAACCGCCACAGAGACGCACGCCCUAGCCGCUGCCAACCAGGAGAAGAACAAGAUGCUACGAGAAGCCUUCAACAUCAGCUCGGACUACGUCGACGGUUCCUCCUUCCACCCCGAACGCAAAGAGCGGGAAAAAGAGAAGAGAGAGCAGCAGAGACUGGAAAGAGAGCAGCAGCUUCAGCAGCAGCAGCAGAAACAUCAGCUCAUAGAGUCUGAGGAGUCGGAUUCGUCCUCUAAUAGAAAACAGGUCCGCAAGAAGAAAAGGAAGAAAAACAAAAACAGAGACAGCUCUGCAAGUCCUUCUCCGUCCCCUCGGAAAGAGAAGAAAAAGACCAAGAGCAAGACCAAGAAAAAGAAAAGGGACGCGUCGUCUCCGAGUGACCGCAGUAGCUCAGAAGAUGAGAAGCAGACGAAGAAGAGGAAGAAGAGUAGCGAGAGCGGUACUUCCCCUCCCACAAAGAGUCGGAGGCGGCGCAGCGCCUCAUCCAGCUCCGCUGACAGGUCACCAGCACCGAUAACCGAGAGACAGCGCCACCCACCUGCAGCCAAGGCGGAUGAGGGGAGGAAGGGCCGAUCUCCUGACCGUAGAAGACGUCACAGAGAAAGCCCAGAGAGGAUGGAAGUUAGAGAGAAGUCAAGACAUUCCAGAUCUCCUGAGCGGAACAAAAGGGACAAACCACGAGAGCAAGAGAAGGAAAGAGGGAAAGAAAAGCCCCAGAAGGGCCGACGCGAUUCUUCGUCUCCGUCCCCACCCCCUAAACAGCAGAGAGACGGAAGGGCGCCGAGCGAGGAUCACGAGAGAGACAAGGCACCUCAAACGAGGCGGCACGAUUCCUCAUCUCCCUUGCCGUCUCCCAAGCGGCAGAAAGACGGGAGGCAAAGGAGUCCAGAGAAAGAGCGAGAGGAUGAGCGGAGGAAAAGGGACAAGCCUCAGAAGAGACACGACUCCUCGUCCUCAUCGCCGUCGCCUUCUCCGCAGAAAGAGAGAGCGCGAAGAGGAGGCGUAGCAGAGAAGGAGAAAAGCAGAGAGAGGGAUUCAUUCCAGGCGAGUCGGAAAAAUGACCGACAAGGAGAGAGAGCGAGAAACCACUCCAGCGACUCCGCCUCACCCGCCCGGCGCUCGCCGCACUCCAACGGCAGGCAAAAAGAGACGCAGCGGGACAGGGAACGGGCGAAGGAGAAAGAACGAGAGGAGCAGAGAGAGAAAGAGCGACUGAGGGAGCAGGAGGUGGCACGGAGACAGGAGGAGAGGAGGAAAGAGCGAGAAAGCGACCGAGAGAAGGAGCGGGACAGAGCACGGGAGGGCGAGAGGAGAAAAGAAAGCGAGCGAGAGAGGAGGGAGAGCGACAGAGAAAAGGAGAAGGAGGCGCGAAGAAGCGAACAUGACAGCGACAGAGAAAAGCUGAGGGAGAAGGACAGAGAGGAGGCGAGGAAAGAGGAGCGGAGAAAGGAGCAAGAAAAGGAGCGGGAGAGAGAGAAAGAGGAGGCAAAGAGAGAGGAGGAGCGGAGAAAAGAGCGAGAAGACAAUCGGGAAAAAGACAGGACGAAGGAGUCUGGACGACCGUCCUCGUAUAGCAAACCGUCUGAGACAGACAGCAGGUCAGACAGAGAAAAGGCCGCUUCAGAUACGGAGAGAAGAAACAGGGGGGCGAAGGAGGACAGAGUGAGGCCGGGACGUCCUCGGGAAAGGAGUCCGGAGAGAGAAAAGGAGCCGGAGAAGGAAAAAACGAAGGAGGCGCAGGACAAGAAGGCAAAAUCCAAAGCAUCCAGCAGCAGCAGCAGUGACAGCAGCAGCAGCAGCAGUAGUGACAGCAGCAGUGACAGCGAUAGCGACAGCUCCUCGUCAUCGUCUUCGUCCUCCUCUUCCUCCUCCUCCUCGUCUUCAUCUUCAGAUGACGAGAAGACGAAAAAAAAGAACAAAACUGCGAAGGAUAAAUCUGUGCCUCAUUCUGUCGUUGCUCAGGCCGUGGCUCAGAGAGAGAAGGAGAAGGAAGGGAAAGACUCCGCCAGGUACACGCCAACGGAACAGGCUCAGGCUCCGCCCGCCAGGCAGGAUUCACGGGACAGGUCGUCACCGCCGCCUCAGAGGGAAGGACCGAAAAAAGGGGAUCAGGGGAAAGAAAGGUACACUCCUACCGAGAGCUCCAGCCCUCCCGUCUCCCCCCCAGCACGAACCAGAGACGUGGGGGCAGCCAGGCACAGUCCUCAGGAAGACGCCGGGAACCACAGCAAAGACGCCCCGCCCGAGCGCAAGACGAGCCGCUCCUCGCCGAGCAGAGACAGGAGCAGAACGACCGAACGGAAACGUGGACCCUCGCCACCCUCGCCCAGGGGUCGAGACGGACGGGACUUCAGAAGCAGACAGGCCUCGUCCAGAUCCAAGUCCCCGGUCCGACAGCGGGCAGACCCUCCGCGCCAUCCCAGCCCGAGACGUGACGCUAGGAGGAUAUCUCCGCCGCCGCGCCGAGACAGAGAAAGAGAACGGGAGCGACCCUGGGACAGGGAGAGAGACCGAGGGAGGGCGGGGGAUCGGGAGCGGUCACGAGACAGAAGGACGAGAAGCAGCAGGUCCCGGAGCCCACGCAGACGUAGCCCACCUUACAGGUCACGUCGCUCUCCGUCUCUCCUGUAUCGGCGCAGAAGCAGCCGGUCACUGUCGAGGGAAAGAGAGCGAGACAGGCAGAGAGAGAGAAACCGCGAGCUGGAGAGGAAGCGGGAACAGGAGCGAGAGCGGGAACGGGAGAGAGAACGGGAACGAGAAAGAGAGCGAGAGCGGGAACAAGAGAGAGAGCGAGAACGAGAGCGGGAAAGAGAGAGAGAAAAAGCCAGACCAUCUCCACGCCGCUCAUCCUCGUCGUCUUCGUCGUCCUCCUCUUCCUCGAAUUCCUCCUCUUCAUCGUCCUCACCCUCCCCCUCCCCUCAGAAAAAGGAGAGUUUAGAAAAGAAACCCGAAUCGCAGAGGGACAGAAAAGACAACGCUGACGCCGAGGGAAACAGAGAACCUGCUAAGAGACUCCGAUCCCACUCUUCCUCCUCCUCCUCUCCCUCUCCUAAACGAGCCAGCCGCAGAUCCCCCUCCAGAGAUCCGCCCGCCCGCUCCAGAUCGCCGGACCUGCGCCAAUCGGAGACGAGGAAGAGCCCGACGCCGGCGGAGCGUCGGCCCGCUCAGAGCCCGGAGCGCCCGGUCAGGACGGAGAACGUAGCGAACGGGAGAGCGGAGCGGGAAGCGGGGCAGAAGAAGCCUAACAGUGGGAGCAGCUCUAGCUCUUCGUCGUCCUCCUCGUCUUCAUCGUCGUCCUCCUCGUCCUCAGAUAGCUCCGACUCCGAGGCGGAGAACGGGGAUGGAAAACAAACAGCAACUAAACGCUCCUCUUCCUCUUCAUCAGAGAGUGAGAAAGAAGCGAAGAAGAAAAGUCCUCAACGGACGAGGGUACCAGCAGACUCGCUGAGAGACUCCAGAUCACUCAGCUACUCUCCUCCUGCCAGGCUGCGCCGUGCCGCUCGCUCCCCUCCUGCUCGAAGGAGAUCCAGGAGCAGAUCGAGUAGCAGGAGGAGAAGAUAACUGCACUGUUCUGUCCAUCAACCUUCUUUUUAUUUCAUCUCUGCUCCGUGUCUCUCUGUCUCGGUUGAAGCUGCACCAGUGGAGGCUCUGCGAUGGUGAAAUCUGAGCCGUGACCCGGAGCGUAUCAAAUCUCAGAAUUUUUGGCACUCGUGUAUUAACAGGGAUCUUUAAUUUACUUUUAUUAUGAUUGAGUUCUUGUGCAGGGAUGGAGAGAGAGUAAAACUGCCCGUGUGUGACGUGUCCUUGUGUGCCAACAGAUGUUUAUAUAGAACAGCUGUACACAGCCACACCAAGCGUAUCCGUGUUCCUCUCGAACCCCGCGCUUCUGUUUUGAAUGUAGAUAGAAAACUUGACAUUGGUAAUGAUCAUCGAUCACUGGAUGAACAGUGAACUGCUUAUCGUGUCUGUGAGGGGGAAAUAAACACAUUUUUGUUUCACUUUGUGGGGGAAAAGCAAUAAAAAAAUAAAAGACGGUUCAACCUG